AUGAACGACAUCUUCUUCAAUAUGCUUCAACUUGAAUUUCUUUUUUUUAAUAUUUUCUCAACACUGUCCACUCCAUUUCUAUUUGAAUCUUCAUUAGUUGCAUCACCGUCCGUUCCAUUUCCAUCAUCGUUGCCGCUCCAUUUCCGUGAUGUUUCCAAUAAUGACCUUAGUGGAACAAUACCAGUAGCUGUCAACUUUGGAUCUUUCCCAGCAUAA